AUGUCUACACUGCUGCAGCCUUCUGCAUGUCGCAAGGACAGAAAGCCUUUAGCUGACAUGACCGCACCACGUUACCGAUUAGGGGAUGUGACCUGUGGUACGUCCCUGCCCCCGUACACGACACAGAGCCCCAGCUGCGACUCCAGCGGACCGGGCUGCCCAGAGAGCCUCUUCUACCGAAUCUCAUUCGAGGUGGAGCGUGAGGAGUCGAAGCUGACGGAGGCAAAUGUGGAGCAUUUGGUGUCUGACUGGUUGAAUCAAACCUUCCAGAACUGGAUCCCCAUUGUCUAUGUUGAUUACAUCAGUAUCCGGCCCUCCUCAUCACACAGUGGAGACAACUCAAGAUAUACAUGCCAGGCCCUGUUGGUUUAUCAGUACACCAGGAAUGAGAGUCUGAGGGAAGCAGAUGUGUCUGCCCGGCUGUCCGGCAGCAAGGACACUCUGGCUGCAGGACUGCUGAUGGUGUCAGAGUCCAUAGAGGCCAAGCCUAUUGAGAACUGUCCAGAGGACAACACCCUCCACUAUCUCUGGCCUGAGAGCAGACCGACAGCCACAAAGUACCUGCCCUGCUUCCCCAACAAGGAGCAGAGAAGCUCCAGGAAAUGUGUCUUCAGCCCUCAGAAUUACACUGCGUACUGGUCCGCUCCAGAUCUCAAUAACUGCACCGACAUCGCCAGCAUCAAUGUGUCCGCAGAAAACGCUGCUGAAGUGGCAGGACAGCUUGCGAACAUCUCCAGCAACAAGCUGUCCAAUGAUGAGGUGUCUAAAGUAGUGACGAAGGUGAAGGAGUUGGUGAAUGUGGCAAAAAUCAACACCGCAAUAGCCUCCACUGUGGUUACCAUCAUCUCCAAUGUCAUGAAGACCAGCUCAGACACGGCGCUGGCUGCUGCCUCUGAGAGGGCGUUGAAGACAGUGGACGAGCUGGUUCAGAAGAUUGAGUUUGAUGGCCCGUCGGUCAACAUCUCCUCCAGCCAUCUGGUUGUUGGAAUUUCGGCCCUCAACGCCAGCGUUUUCAACGGGACGUCCUUCAGCGCCUUCAUACCACCCAACACCACUGACCCACAGAUUGAUUUUGAGUCAGACAUGGAUAACCCUCUGGCCCAGGUCACCCUCCCUCGCUCGCUGCUCUCCAACCAGAUGCUGACCAACGCCGACCAAGCCAUCAUCUCCAGGAUCAACUUCAUGUUCUUCAGCAAGACCAACCUCUUCAAGAACAAGCAGGGCAGUCUGUCUUUAAACAGCUACGUGGUCGCCAGUAGCGUGGGCAACUUCUCAAUCCGCAACCUGCUGGACCCUGUGGAGAUCGAGAUCGCACACCUCAUCUAUCAGCCCUCCCCAAGUCCAGUUUGCAUGUUCUGGGACUUCAACAUGAAAGGUGGCGCUGGAGGCUGGAACAGAGAAGGCUGCCGAGUGUCUCCAGAAUCAAACAGCAACAAAACGAUCUGCCUCUGUGACCACCUCACACACUUUGGUAUCCUCAUGGACAUAUCGGGAGCCGCCAUCCACAUGAGUGAGGAGAACACAAGGAUUCUGACCUUCAUCUCCUACAUUGGCUGUGGCAUCUCUGCCAUCUUCUCUGCUGCGACGCUGCUCACGUACAUCGCCUUUGAGAAGCUCCGGCGUGACUACCCCUCUAAGAUCCUGAUGAAUCUCAGUACUUCCUUGUUGUUCCUCAACAUGGUCUUCCUAUUGGACGGCUGGCUAACCAGCCUGGACAACAAUAGUCUGUGUGUGGCUGUGGCCAUCUUCCUGCACUACUUCCUGUUGACCUCUUUCACCUGGAUGGGGUUGGAGUCCAUCCACAUGUACAUUGCUCUUGUCAAAGUCUUCAACACCUAUAUACGUCGGUAUAUCCUCAAGUUCUGCAUCGUGGGCUGGGGGUUCCCUGUCUUGCUCGUGGGAAUCGUGGUGGCGGUUGACAACCGCUUCUACGGCAAACAGGAGUACGGGAGAGGAGAGACGGGGGAGGGUUCAUCAGAGUUCUGUUGGAUCCAGAACUCAGUGGUCUUCUACACCACCUGUGUGGGUUACUUCUGCGUGGUCUUCCUGAUGAACGUGGCCAUGUUCAUCGUGGUCAUGCUGCAGAUUUGUGGGCGCAAUGGCAAACGGACCAACCGGAGUCUGCGAGAGGAGGUGUUACGGAACCUCCGGAGCGUCAUCAGCCUCACCUUCCUGCUGGGAAUGACGUGGGGCUUUGCACUGUUUGCGUGGGGACCGGUCAACCUGGCCUUCAUAUACCUCUUUUCCAUCUUCAAUUCUCUACAAGGUCUGUUCAUCUUUAUCUUCCACUGUGCCCUGAAAGAAAAUGUCCAGAAACAGUGGAGGAGAUACCUCUGCUGUGGCCGCUUCAGACUGGCAGACAACUCGGACUGGAGUAAAACAGCCACCAACAACACCAAGAAGGUGAGCUCAGACAACCUGGGCAAGUCCCUCUCCUCCAGCUCCUUUGGAUCCAGUACCAGCCACUGGACCUCCAAGGCCAAAGCCACACUCAACCCCUUCAACAAACGCCACAGCAACACAGGAAAAGGAUACUCCAACCAGACCAGCCCCAAGUGCGCCCCCUUUUCCUCUUCCUCCUCAGAGCCAGAGCCCCCUUCUUCAUCCUCCUCCAUCCUGCCAGUCAGCCAGAUGAUUGAUAAGGUCAAGGAUUACUGCUCCACACGCUCCGACAACUUCUACAAGAACAUCAUCAUGUCCGACAGCUUCAGCCACAGCACCAAGUUCUGAAGGGCCUUGGCGCCGGCAUUCACAGCGAAAUCCACGCCCCCCCCAACGCCACCCACCUCUGGAACUCUUUUAAGCAACGUUCUAGAGCACGCAACUCCAUGUUUUUGAGGACUGUUUUCCAGAAUGUUCUGGAAUGUUAUUAAACUUUUCACCCUCCACUUUACCCCCCCCCCCCUCUGUCUCUCCUUCAGCACAGUGAAGCUCUGCAGAUCAUCUGGACACAAGGUUUAAUGAGAGAAUUGUUUCAUCUCAGUGACUUUGUCAGUCUUAGCAGACUGGAGGUGUCCCCCACCUUAUCAACAGCACAGCUGAAUAACAACCAAAGCUGUCGAUGUAGCACAGGGUUCAUAUGCAAAUUGCCGUGACCAUUAAUUCAGGUUACCAUGGCCACGUGUACUAUGUUAUUGAGGAAUAGCUGUGUCUAGAAUGUUGUGUCUUUGUUUUGUCGACGGUUUUCCAGAACACUUCUGUCCCUCCUUCCUGUCACCUGGAAACUUUGGCCCUAAAACCUCCAACUUUGCAUUCCUCAUCAUGGGUGGCUACGAGUUUGUUAUGGCUCGAGUAUUAUUUAAAGCUGUAGCCACUGUGGAAGUCACAACAAGUUUUGGUCUUUGAAUUUACAGCCGCUCGGAAUAAAAAUUCCUAAUGUUCAUGUGGACAGCGUAGGUUUUCCUCUCCUGGCUGUCAAAAUAAUGAGGAACAGCCAGCUACCGAUCAUUUAUAGGGUGUGUUCUGUGGCUAACGAAUAGCAAUUCUUUAAGAAAACGGCACUCUGCGGUGCCAAUGCAGAGUGUAAAGACAAAAUGUAAAUGUGGACUUAAACAAUGGCUACCGCUGCAGUUUCAUUCCAAAACAGCCGCUGACGUUGCAGUAACGUUGCCUUCCAUGCACGUCAAUCUACCCGUUGCAUCAAGCCAACGCUCUCCGUUGACGCACCAAUCCCACACACUCUGACAACACUUUACGCACCACAAAGCUUGAUAACCAAGGGACAAAGCCAAUGUGGUUAGUCAACAUCCCAGCAAAAGGUAGUCGUAGUGAAUGAACUUACACAUUAUGUUUAUGAUACAUGUAGUUACCCCGCUUGGAGUGUGGGGGGGUUGUUUGCAGAGGUAACAGCGUGGUCGGUGGGGGCUGGUGUGAUGCUACUGUACGAUAUCUACCUUGACAAUCAGCUGACCCGGCAGCCAGACUGUA